AUGAGAACUCUUCCGAAUAUUGGAGUUCGAGGUUCUGGACCGUCUCCUAAAUACCCUAUGACGUUUCUUGUAUUAAUGUCGUCUGCUGAGGUCGGAGGCCUUGGCUCUAUGAUGAUGGGAUGCUCCACUUCGCUGAGAUCUUCGACUCCUCCGGUUUCUUCUGGGCUGAUAUCGCUUGAUCCUUCUUCAGACUUGUCGCUAUUCUCUCUAAGAAAUUCGUCGACAUUAAUUUCAGGUGUUGUAUCUUCAUUUAACGAGUCAUCUUCACUUCGCCAGAGAGGUGGAAGUUUGUUUAAUGAUUGGCGAAUAUUUUUCGCGGUGUCGGAACUAGUUCGUUUUAUUUCGGCAUACUCCUGGGGAGUAUAAUUAGAUAUUGCUUCUUCUCUGUGGAUUCUUUCUAGUGCUCUCUCUGUGUAUAUAUUUUCUGCUGGAGGCCGCCUUUGGAGGAGCUCAUCGAACAUUUUUACUAGUUCGCGAGUUUUUCGCCGUUGUUUUUGUGGAACGAUCGUUUCGUUGUCCUUUUCGGCUUCAUCUUCCUUCUCUGAUUCGUCGUCCCCCUCUUGGCUAAUGUCUGGAGUCGGAUUACUCGUGGAUGGUCCUGGUGUGGAAACUGGUAGGAAGACUUCGUCGUCCCCCUGUUUUUCAUUUCCGGUUUCCUGUGUCUUCUCCGGGUCUUCUGAAGUUAUAUCGAAGUUGCUAGUUUCGUGAUAAUUUAUUUU